CACAAGGACAAAAUGACCAUAGACUUGACAUUCGAUAUCCGCUACGACGAUGAGCUUGCUCAUGAAUAUUACGGCGACGGGAAGCAGUUGUCUCAAACCGUCCGCGAGAUAUACCGCAACAGGGACCUCAUCAUUCCAGACGAAUUCCGCAGCACCAUGAGCAGUCCACCUGUCAACCUCAUGCAAGUGAUUGCCCCGGAUGGAACUGACGUCGACGAGUUGAGGAGGGUGGAAAUCCCUCAGGGCCUGAGUAUCGAGAUAUGGGACCUUGAUGAUGAGUAAACCAGUGGUUUUAACUAUCUCCACUAGGUUUGGUCUUGGCGGGGAUUUUUCUGCUGGGAAAAGUUCUAGGCUUGCAGAGGUAUCAUCUUGUAAGAUUACUACCGCGGUUGUGGAAAACUCGACUACGUACGAAUUUCUCGCUCAUCGCGCUGUUGGAUCUUGUAUACUGUAU